UCCAGAGGCUUCGGGUGUGCGCGUUCUCGAACACUCCUCGUGAACGUAUAUAAAGCACCACCGGCGGCGCACUGUCAGCGAGUGACACCUUACAGGUCUUUAGCGCAUUCACUUUACCAACAACAACACUCAAGAUGCCUGAAGCUCACGACCAGCCGAUGGAGGAGGAAGCCGAGACCUUCGCCUUUCAGGCUGAGAUCGCUCAGCUGAUGUCUCUCAUCAUCAACACCUUCUACUCCAACAAAGAGAUCUUCCUCAGAGAGCUCAUCUCCAACUCCUCAGAUGCUUUGGACAAAAUCCGCUAUGAAAGUCUUACAGACCCAAGCAAGCUUGACUCGGGAAAAGACCUCAAAAUCGAAAUCAUUCCAAACAAAGAGGAUCGCACGCUCACGAUCAUCGACACCGGCAUCGGUAUGACCAAAGCUGACCUCAUCAAUAACCUGGGCACCAUCGCUAAAUCCGGCACGAAGGCUUUCAUGGAGGCCCUGCAGGCUGGAGCUGACAUCUCUAUGAUCGGUCAGUUCGGAGUGGGUUUCUAUUCCGCUUACCUGGUGGCCGAGAAAGUUGUAGUUAUUUCCAAACACAUCGACGAUGAACAGUAUGCUUGGGAGUCAUCCGCAGGCGGUUCCUUCACAGUUAAAGUGGACAACUCUGAGCCAAUUGGCCGUGGCACAAAAGUCAUCCUACAUUUGAAGGAUGACCAGACAGAGUACAUUGAAGAGAGGCGUGUCAAGGAGAUCGUCAAGAAGCACUCACAGUUCAUUGGCUACCCCAUCACGCUCUUUGUGGAGAAGGAGCGUGACAAGGAGGUGAGUGACGAUGAGGCUGAGGAGGAGAAAGAGAAAGAAAAAGAGGAAGAGGAGGGAGAAAAAGACGAGGGCAAACCCGAGAUCGAGGACGUAGGCUCGGACGAUGAGGACCACGAUGACAAGAGCUCUGACAAGAAGAAGAAAAAGAAGAAGAUCAAGGAGAAAUACAUCGACCAGGAGGAGCUCAACAAGACCAAACCUCUGUGGACCCGCAACCCCGAUGACAUCACCAACGAGGAGUACGGCGAGUUCUACAAGAGCCUGACCAAUGACUGGGAAGAUCACCUGGCUAUCAAGCACUUCUCUGUGGAGGGUCAGCUGGAGUUCCGCGCUUUGCUCUUCGUUCCUCGCAGAGCUCCUUUCGAUCUCUUCGAGAACAAGAAAAAGAAGAACAACAUCAAGCUGUACGUGCGCAGGGUCUUUAUCAUGGACAACUGCGACGAGCUCAUCCCCGAGUACCUCAACUUCAUCAAGGGCGUCGUGGACUCGGAAGAUCUUCCUCUGAACAUCUCCAGAGAGAUGCUUCAACAGAGCAAGAUCCUGAAAGUCAUCCGCAAGAACCUGGUCAAGAAGUGCCUCGAGCUCUUCACCGAACUCUCGGAGGACAAAGACAACUACAAGAAAUUCUACGAGCAGUUCUCCAAGAACAUGAAGCUCGGUAUCCACGAGGACUCUCAGAACAGGAAGAAGUUGUCUGAAUUGCUGCGUUAUUACACAUCUGCCUCCGGAGACGAGAUGGUGUCCCUCAAAGAUUACGUAACCCGCAUGAAGGACACCCAGAAGCACAUUUACUACAUCACCGGUGAGACCAAAGAUCAGGUGGCCAACUCCGCGUUCGUGGAGCGUCUGCGCAAAGCCGGUCUGGAGGUGAUCUACAUGAUCGAGCCCAUCGACGAGUACUGCGUGCAGCAGCUGAAGGAGUUUGAGGGCAAGAAUCUGGUGUCCGUGACCAAGGAGGGUCUGGAGCUGCCCGAGGAUGAAGCGGAGAAGAAGCAGCAGGAGGAGAAAAAGGCCGAAUUUGAAAACCUCUGCAAGAUCAUGAAAGACAUCUUGGAGAAGAAGGUUGAGAAGGUCACCGUCUCGAACCGUCUGGUGUCCUCGCCCUGCUGCAUCGUCACGAGCACGUACGGCUGGACGGCCAACAUGGAGAGAAUCAUGAAAGCUCAGGCUCUGAGAGACAACUCCACCAUGGGCUACAUGGCCGCCAAGAAGCACCUUGAGAUUAAUCCAGACCACCCCAUCGUCGAGACCCUCAGACAGAAAGCAGAGGCCGACAAGAACGACAAGUCUGUGAAAGAUCUGGUGAUCCUGCUGUUCGAGACGGCACUGCUGUCGUCCGGCUUCACGCUGGAUGACCCGCAGACGCACUCAAACCGCAUCUACAGGAUGAUCAAACUCGGCUUAGGUAUCGAUGAGGAUGAUCUGCCCACGGAAGAGCCCAGCUCAGCUCCCACUGAAGACAUGCCACCAUUAGAAGGAGACGACGACACAACACGCAUGGAGGAGGUCGACUGAGAACGCAGCAUUAACGCUCGCUUGUUUACGUUUGUAGCUCUGUAAAAAGUACUCAGAUUUAUGUCUAAAUUAAAGUGUUCUGGAAUAUUUAUAAUGUUCUAUAUUUCAAAUGCACUCCUUUUUCUUGGUAUAGCUUUCAGAGUACCACCCCUCAUUCCCUCUGACCCGUUUUUUUGUAUUCCAUUUGAGUUGUGUUUGCACUUUUUUUGUAUUUAUGAACAUUCCAACGUUUAAUUUGAGUGUUAAAGACUCAAACGUAGGAUUCUGAUAUUGUAUGUUGACUUGGUGGGACUCUUAAUAAAGUUCAUCAUAUCAGGUCA